UCUCCUCCACCCCUGCUCUGAAUGCGCACACGCCCAGUUAUUUAAUGAAAAAAACACUUGGAAAGACUUUGGGAUUCACGAAAGAGCCACUUAAGGGCGUUGUACACACUCCUAGGCAGAGAAAAGCAGCACUACGAAACUUCAGCUUACAGAAUCAGCAAGAUGGAGUCAGCUAUCAAGACUGUGGUUGGGCAGUUCGUGAGUUCGGCCCGUGGCAAAGAGAGUCUCAACAAGGACAAUUUCCAAAAACUGGUCCAGCGUCAACUGGGGAACAUCAUGGCUGACACAGACAGCUCAUCGGCAGUAAAGGAUAUGAUGCGGGGCCUGGACGAGAACCAGGAUGGGAAGGUCAGCUUCCAGGAGUACAUGACCCUGAUUGGCUACUUGGCCAACUCACUGAGCGAAAGUAAAACCAAAACUCAGACAGCCACCAACUAAGACCUCAACACUCAACAGCUGACCGACUUCGCCAUUGUGUACUCCAAUAUUGCUAUAAACCUGGCAAAGCAAGCCCACUGUGUAUGCCCACAAUAUUUUUUAUGCUUUUUUUUUUUUACACAGCUGCCUAAGUCAGUACUGACAUAUCUACAAUAAUUACUAACACAUUGUCCUGUGGAGAGUAAAUGUUAUCCAGUGUUAAUUUACUACCUGCUAUAUGCCGAAAUGAUGUACACUGCUCUCAGCCAUCACUCACAGUCCUAUGAGAAAUGCAGCAUAGCUGGACUGAGCACUGAUGCUACAAUGACCUUAAAUAUUGUUUUGUACUUUGGAGAUAUUGCAUGGAAAUAAAAAGGUCAAAAAUCAAA